UGCUCCUUAAAAUGACAAUAGUCACUGUAUUUGCGCUGCCUGGUACGAUAGCCACUAGCCACUUGUGGCAGCCUGGAUUGAGAAAUGCUGCAAAUUAGGCUAAAAACAGGAGAAAACAUGGAGGCAGAUAUAAUUACGAAUCUUCGGUGCAAGCUUAAAGAGGUUGAAGAAGAGAGAGUGAAAGCUGCACAGUAUGGUUUACAACUAGUGGAGAGCCAGAAUGAGUUGCAGAAUCAACUGGAUAAAUGCCGUAAUGAAAUGAUGACCAUGACUGAGAAUUAUGAACAAGAAAAAUACACUCUUCAGAGAGAAGUUGAACUUAAGAGUAGAAUGUUGGAAAGUUUGACCUGUGAAUGUGAAGCUAUUAAACAACAACAAAAAAUAAACUUGGAGAAAUUAGAACAACAAUUAAGUAGAAGCCAUGGACAGGAAGUGAAUGAACUAAAAAAUAAGAUAGAAAAAUUAAAAGUGGAAUUAGAUGAAGCUAGGCUUAGUGAAAAGCAGCUGAAGCACCAAGUAGAUCAUCAAAAGGAACUUCUCUCUUGUAAAUCAGAGGAACUGCGGGUCAUGUCUGAGCGUGUACACGAGAGCAUGUCUUCAGAGAUGCUGGCUCUUCAAAUUGAACUGACAGAAACAGAAAGUAUGAAGAACAGCCUCAAAGAAGAAGUGAAUGAACUACAGUAUAGACAAGAACAGUUAGAACUUCUGGUUACUAACCUAAUGCGCCAGGUAGACCGGCUCAAAGAAGAAAAAGAAGAGCGAGAAAAAGAAGCAGUUUCUUACUAUAAUGCCCUGGAGAAAGCUCGGGUAGCAAAUCAAGAUCUUCAGGUGCAGUUGGACCAGGCCCUGCAGCAAGCCUUGGAUCCCAAUAGUAAAGGCAACUCUUUGUUUGCAGAGGUAGAAGAUCGAAGGGCUGCAAUGGAGCGUCAGCUUAUCAGUAUGAAAGUCAAAUACCAGUCACUAAAGAAGCAAAAUGUAUUUAAUAGAGAGCAGAUGCAAAGAAUGAAGUUACAAAUUGCUACAUUGCUACAAAUGAAAGGGUCUCAAACUGAAUUUGAGCAGCAAGAACGGUUACUUGCCAUGUUGGAGCAGAAGAAUGGUGAAGUAAAACAUCUUUUAGGUGAAAUUAGGAAUCUGGAGAAAUUUAAGAAUUUAUAUGAAAAUAUGGAAUCUAAGCCUUCAGCCAGCUCUGGUGCUCUGGAAGAUAACACCUAUUAUACAGAUUUACUUCAGAUAAAACUUGAUAAUUUAAACAAAGAAAAUGAAAGUAUUAAAGGUGAAUUGUCAAUACAGCGAAUGAAAGCAUUAUUUGAGAGCCAAAGGGCCCUGGACAUUGAACGAAAACUUUUUGCAAAUGAAAGAUGCCUUCAGCUUUCAGAAAGUGAAAAUAUGAAACUGAGAGCUAAACUAGAUGAAUUAAAACUGAAGUAUGAACCUGAAGAGACAGUCGAAGUACCUGUACUCAAGAAGAGGCGCGAGGUGCUGCCUGUGGAUAUAACCACCCCUGGAGAUGCGUGUGUGAAUAACAGCACUGUGGGAGAAGUUUAUGGACCACCACUUCAGAAAGAGGAGACACAGUCCUGUUCUAACAAUUUAGAAAAUAACAACAUGCAGUUAAAAAAAGCAAUUGGUGUAGACCCACCACAGGGUGGUCUUUCUCCUCACGAAAACUUGCCCAUGGAUAUGCAGCUAAAGAAGGAAAAGAAAUAUGUGAAACUCAUGGGAGUUCCAUCUGACUCUGACGCCUUAAAUGAAAGAAGUGGAAACGCCCCCAGCUCUCCCAGGUUAGCUGCUGAAUCAAAGCUUCAAACAGAAGUUAAAGAAGGGAAAGAAACUGCAAGCAAAUUGGAAAAGGAAACUUGUAAGAAAUCACACCCAAUUCUCUACGUCUCUUCCAAAUCAACUCCAGAGACUCAGUGCCCUCAACAGUAAAGACUUCUAUGUAAUGGGAGUAUGGUCCCACUUACCUCAAGGGUUCCUGUGGUGCUUAGUUAAAAUCAUCAAUAUGUCACAUAAUGGCCCACCAUUGGGGUUAGUUAUAUCUGUUCUUUGUGCCAGAACUUGGCCUUUUCAUGUGCCUUUCACAAGUGUUCAAACUUUGAUUGUGAUUCUUACCUGGACAGUUCCUUAAGUGAUGCCCCAUCACAGAGCUUCUGUAACAGUGAGUAAACUACUGACUAAAAGAGAAUGCUGUAAUUAGUAUAUUUGCUGCAUUGUAUAUGGAUCUUUUAAGUGAUAUAAACAAUUAAGUAAUUUAAGUGUUAAUUACUUCUAUUUGUGAAGAAAACACUCAAAUCCUUAACUAUUACAUUCUAAUAUGCACUGUUUUUAUGAACUUAGAUUUUCACUAUGUUGUAAAGAUAAACUUGGUUUAAAUAUAUAUGUUGUUUCAGGAUUUUGUCAGGGUACCCAUGUUUGUCUCUGUAUUUAUUUACAUGAUUUGAAUUUUGUCUCAAGCAUAUUUUGAAAUUUAAAAUAAAACUGCAAUAAUUUUUCCCCUAUUUUCUUAGUAUCAAUAAUAGGAUGUUAUUAAACAGGAAUAAAGAAGAAGAAAAAGAAACUUUAGGGAUUCUUAAUUCUCUGAUACGUAUAGUUUUAUAUGUAAUUUAUAUAUUUAUUAUUAGAUGUAUAUAUACAGAUGGUCCUUGACUUAAAGAUGGUUCUACUUAAUGAUCUUUCAGCUUUCUGGUGGUGCAGUAGCACUCCACGAUCAUUAGAAACCAUGCUUCCAGUACCCAUAUGACCAUGUAUUUAAUAAAUUACAUAAGAUAUUGAAUCAUUUAUUAUAAAAUAGGCUUUGUGUUAGAUGAUUUUUGCCCAACUAAUGUAAGCUAAUGUAAACGUCUCAGGCACAUUUAAGGUAGGCUUGGCUAAGCUGUGA